UUGCGCGUGCUGCUUUCCAGAAUGAGAGAGUGGUGGAUCCAGGUGGGGCUGCUAGCGGUGCCGCUCAUCGCUGUCUACCUGCACAUCCCGCCUCCCAAGCUCUCGCCGGCGCUGCAUUCGUGGAAGUCUUCGGGGCGCUUUUUCACCUUCAGGCACCAGAAAAUCUUCUACAGAGAUUCUUCAGGUGCCGUUGGCAGUUCGGACAUCGUCGUCCUUCUGCAUGGCUUUCCAACCUCUAGUUACGACUGGUAUAAGAUUUGGGAGGGGCUGACGCAGCGAUUCCACCGAGUGGUUGCUCUUGAUUUCGUCGGAUUUGGCUUCAGCGACAAACCCAGGCCCCAUCACUAUUCCAUCUUUGAGCAAGCCAGCAUCGUGGAAGCGCUCUUGGACCACCUGGACCUCCUGAAUCAACGCAUCAACCUUCUGUCGCACGACUACGGGGACACGGUCGCGCAGGAGCUGCUCUACAGGUUGCUGGAAGUACUAAAGCCCUUUGUGGCAUUAUUCUUCACCAUUUGUUUUAUGGUGACUCUCUCUUUGUAUCUUUCAGGUAUUUUCCCAGAAACUCACCAUCCAAGAUUCAUUCAAAAGAUUCUCAAGGACGGUGGCUUUCUGGCACCCGUUAUUACCCGGCUGUCAAACUAUUUCUUCUUUACCAAAGGGCUUUCGGCGGUCUUUGGUCCAUACACUCAGCCUUCAGAUGCUGAAUAUUGGGACAUGUGGACGGCGGUUCGGACAAAUGAUGGCAACCUUGUGAUUGACAGCGUUUUGCAGUUCAUCAACCAAAGGAAGAAGCACAGGGACCGCUGGGUCGGAGCCUUGGAAUCCACAUCUGUUCCCUGUGAGUUGGAAGUGGCUUUCCUGUGUUAUGGUCCCAUUUCUGAAGAUGACAUCGUAAUCCAGAACUCCGGAUGA